AAUGUAGAGAAUAAAACUUUUUUUAACAAAUUACAGAGUGUCUAAGAACACUUUGAGAUCAAAUAGGAUAUGAUUUUAAAUACGAUUUAAAAUGGAUAAGUUUUACUUAUUGCGUAGGGCGCAGUUUCUAAGGAGUUUCACCAUAUUGUGCAUAUUAAUGUUGUGUCAACGAACGAGAGCUUUGAUUGCGCAGAAAUUGAAGAAAAUUAAUUAUGAGAAGGCUGAGAGACCUUUCCAUGGAAACCGUUCAGUCAAUGUUACAGUGCAGGUGUAUAUCUAUAUGAUAGGACCGAUUGAUGAAGAACAUUUUACAUUCGAGUCUGGUUUUUAUUUGAGACAAUGGUGGGAGGAUCCUCGACUUAAAAGGAACAUUUCUUCAAUCGUUCAUGCCACUUCCCUCGAUCAUCUAUUAUGGAUACCUGACACAACAGUAGCAGACUCUCGCUCUCUAAGAAGAUUUGAUGACGCUAUCAGAACAGUGAUUCAGCCUAAUGGUAUGGUCUAUACGAGCCGACGGUUGUCAACAAAAACUUAUUGUAACAUGGAUUUAAGGUUGUAUCCAAUGGAUACUCAAACAUGUGAGCUGAUUUUGGAGAACUUUGCAUUUUCAACAAACGAAGUGAACAUCUCUUGGCAUCAGGUACCAUUAGCAAGAAGUGCAGAUUUAACACUUGAUGGUUAUGAGUUAAUGGAGAUAACAACAAAUACAAAUAAACAAGACUGGCUCAUAGGAAAUAAAACGACGGUUUUUAAACAGCUUCAGGCCCAUUUUACCGUGAAAAGAACCUUUAUGUACCAUGUCUAUAGAACGUACAUCCCAUCCGUGUUAUUACUAAUUUUUGCAUUUGGAACAUUUUGGGUUCCCGACACUGCUGUCCCAGCUCGUAUGGGAAUGAUUGUUACAAGUUUUCUUGCAAAUGUUUUCAUCUUACAAGCAGUGAGUGAAGAAACUGUAAAAGUUUCCUACACAACACCAAUGCAAAUGUUUCUGGUUGUCAAUAUCACAUUGAUUGUUUUUUCAAUGGUGGAAUACUUAGUCAUCCUGCAUGGCCAAAAUAGUCAGGCAAGCGCACUACAAGUCAAUUCAACCUUAAACUCAUCAUACAACCAUGAUGUACAACACGAAAGCUUUCAACUUGAUCAGACUGUAACUAAGAACAAAGUACAGUCAACUGACGAAAACGAAACCAGACAUGCUCUCCAUCGCCGUGAUGCAAAGAGAACUCAUAUCGUCGACAAAACAUCACGAUUGUUUUUUCCUCUGACAUACAUUAUAUUUUGCGCAGCAUAUUUCGGAUACUAUACUCGAUAAGUCAAAGGCUAAAUUGAAGUAAAAGAAAUGAAACGAAUCAAUAAGCAGGACAAAAAAAAUUAAAGAUGCUUUCCUCCGAAUAAUACGCAUUUUGACUACAUUUCUUUUGCGGAUUACAUGUGUUUUUAUUGAGUUUAUUUUUAUUAAGGUAAUCAAUAUAUUUCUGUUUGUAGUA